GAAGGGUUGCUGCGGUCAUUGUGAAAGCAUCGUGCGUCCCCUAAAGGGCGUCUAAUCCCUAUUGCUGUUUUCCAUGUGACGGACCUACAUGUGAGAUGAGAGUGAUCUUCAGUCAUAGCGGACAAAAUUUCUUUGCUCACUGGUCUCAUCAGACACUGAAAAACGUUUGCUCAGUGGGGAGUCCUACAACUACAUAAUGAUUCUUAUUAGUAGCAGUCGGUGUCGUAUGUCAUCCGCGAUGAGGUGGAGAAGUAUAACCGCAAUGGAGUUAAUGCCCUGCAGCUGGACCCAGCCUUGAACCGGCUCUUCACCGCCGGCAGAGACUCCAUCAUCCGGAUAUGGAGCGUCAACCAGCACAAGUAAUCUCGGCCUCCUCGGACACCACGGUGAAGGUCUGGAAUGCGCACAAAGGCUUCUGUAUGUCGACGUUGCGGACGCAUAAGGACUAUGUCAAAGCCUUAGCAUAUGCUAAAGAUAAAGAACUGGUGGCCUCGGCAGGCCUUGACAGGCAGAUCUUCUUGUGGGACGUGAACACAUUAACAGCUCUUACUGCCUCAAAUAACACAGUCACCACAUCUUCACUUAGCGGAAAUAAGGACUCCAUCUAUAGCCUGGCAAUGAACCAGAUGGGCACAGUCAUUGUGUCAGGCUCCACUGAAAAGGUAUUACGAGUUUGGGAUCCUCGAACUUGUGCCAAACUCAUGAAGUUGAAAGGCCACACAGACAACGUCAAGUCAUUGCUCUUAAACCGCGAUGGCACACAGUGUUUGUCGGGCAGUUCCGACGGAACCAUCCGGCUGUGGUCGCUGGGCCAGCAGCGCUGCAUCGCCACGUACCGCGUCCACGACGAGGGCGUGUGGGCACUGCAGGUCAACGAGGCCUUCACGCACGUCUACUCUGGUGGCCGCGACCGCAAGAUCUACUGCACGGACCUACGCAACCCGGACAUCCGCGUUCUCAUCUGUGAGGAGAAGGCCCCGGUCCUCAAGAUGGAGCUUGACCGAUCUGCAGACCCUCCCACAGCACUCUGGGUGUCCACCACCAAGUCUACAGUUAAUAAAUGGUCUCUAAAGGGCAUGCAUAAUUUCCGAGCAUCUGGUGAUUAUGACAACGACUGCAGCACUCCCCUGACGCCACUUUGCACACAGCCAGAGCAGGUCAUCAAAGGGGGAGCCAGUAUAAUCCAGUGCCACAUCCUUAAUGACAAAAGACACAUCCUUACCAAAGACACAAACAACAAUGUAGCAUAUUGGGAUGUGUUGAAGGCUUGCAAGGUUGAGGACCUAGGAAAGAUGGAAUUUGACGAGGAAAUCAAGAAACGCUUCAAGAUGGUCUAUGUGCCAAACUGGUUCUCUGUGGAUUUGAAAACCGGGAUGCUGACAAUCACUCUGGAUGAGAGUGACUGCUUUGCCGCUUGGGUCUCGGCCAAGGAUGCAGGGUUCACUAGUCCUGAUGGAUCGGACCCAAAGCUGAAUCUUGGAGGACUCUUACUGCAAGCCCUGCUAGAAUACUGGCCACGGACACACAUCAAUCCCAUGGAUGAGGAGACCGAGCUCAAUCACGUGAAUGGGGAGCACGAGAGCAGAAUACAGAAAGGGAAUGGCUACUUCCAGGUGCCUCCACACACCCCCGUCAUUUUCGGGGAGGCAGGAGGGAGGACUCUGUUCAGGUUGCUCUGUCGAGAUUCAGGUGGUGAAACUGAAUCCAUGCUGCUCAACGAGACCGUUCCACAGUGGGUUAUUGACAUCACCGUGGAUAAAAAUAUGCCGAAAUUCAACAAAAUCCCAUUCUACCUCCAGCCACACUCAUCCUCUGGAGCAAAAACGCUGAAGAAGGACCGCUUGUCAGCCAGCGACAUGCUCCAGGUGCGCAAAGUGAUGGAGCACGUGUACGAGAAGAUCAUCAACCUGGACAACGAGUCCCAGGCGGGCGGCGCGGCCAGCGAGAAGCCCAGCGAGCAGAAGGAGGAGGAGGACAUGGCCGUGCUGGCCGAGGAGAAGAUCGAGCUACUGUGCCAGGACCAGGUCCUGGACCCCAGCAUGGACCUGCGGACGGUGAAGCACUUCAUCUGGAAGAGUGGGGGCGACCUGACGCUUCACUACCGCCAGAAGUCCACGUGAGGGCAGGAGGGGGGACUGCUGCACUCCAAACCAACGCCUGUUCCUAACCCCCUGCCCCCCC